AUGCCUUGCUCCAAGCAGCCUAAUCAUUUCCAGAGCCUGAUGCUUCUGCAGUGGCCCUUGAGCUACCUUACCAUAUUUUGGAUCUUUCAGCCAUUGUUCAUUUACCUGCUGUUUACGUCCUUGUGGCCACUACCAGCCCUUUAUUUUGCCUGGUUGUUCCUGGACUGGAAGACUCCUGAACAAGGUGGUAGGCGUUCAACUUGGGUAAGAAACUGGCGUGUCUGGACCCACUUGAGGGACUAUUUUCCCAUCACAAUCCUGAAGACUAAAGACCUGCCACCUGAGCACAACUACGUCAUGGGGGUGCACCCCCAUGGCAUCCUGACCUUUGGUGCCUUCUGCAACUUCUGCACUGAGGCCACAGGUUUCUCGAAGAUCUUCCCAGGCAUCACUCCUCACUUGGCUACACUGUCUUGGUUCUUCAAGAUUCCCUUUGUUAGGGAAUACCUCAUGGCCAAAGGUGUGUGCUCUGUGAGUCAACCAACCAUUGACUACCUGUUGAGCCAUGGCCCUGGCAACCUCGUGGGCAUUGUAGUGGGAGGUGUGGGAGAAGCCCUGCAAAGUGUUCCCAACACCACCAACCUCAUUCUCCAGAAGCAUAAAGGAUUUGUGCGCACAGCUCUCCAGCACGGGGCACAUCUGGUUCCUACCUUCACUUUUGGAGAGACCGAGGUAUAUGAACAGGUGAUAUUCCCUGAAAACAGCUGGAUGAGCAAGUUUCAGAGCUACUUUCGGUGUUGUCUAGGUUUCUAUUUUUGUGUCUUCUAUGGACAAGGAUUCAGCCAAGGCACCAUUGGACUUAUGCCAUACCGUUUGCCUAUCGUUACUGUGGUUGGGGAGCCUCUGCCCCUGCCCCAUAUUGAAAAGCCAAGCCAGGAGAUAGUGGAUAAAUACCAUGCACUCUAUAUGGACGCCUUGUACAAAUUGUUUGAGCAGCAUAAGGUCCAGUAUGGUUCCUCAAAGACACAAGAUCUGGCCUUCCUGUGA